AUGGCUAGUGCAACGUCUGAAUCCCGUGGCGCCUCCGUGCCGCUAAAGCUGCCGCGCCUUCCAGCUCAUGCCGACGUCCAGAAGCGCCCACUGAUGCACCCGCCCAUCCCCUCGCCCUACAAAAGCAGCGAUUCGCCCAAGAUCGUCUACGUCGGCACUAAAACGCCUUUCAUAUCAGCUGUCAAGCGCGUGCGAAGCCUACUCAAGGAAGCCGACAAGCGCGCCACUCAGAGUGCCCUUUCCCAAAAGAAGCACCGACAGCGCGGAGAUCCCAUCCUUGCUGCUGCCAAGGCUUCUAUCGACAAGGAAGGCCCUCAGGAGGGAGUGACAAUCAAGGCGACGGGCAAGGCCAUCGAAAAGGCGACCGAACUGGCCUUGUUCUUCCAGCAACAGGAGGAUUGUCGCGUCACUCUACGCACUGGUACUGUUGAUGCCAUAGAUGAUAUCGUCGAGAAACCGAGUGCGAAACGCAAGAAACCGGCCGAUGACGAUGAAGAGGAGGAGCUCCCGGAGACGAGAAUACGAAAAACAAGCGUGCUGGAGGUGAUUGUCACUCUUCGUUGA